AUAUAAAACUAAAACUUCAUUAGGGUUUUUGGUUUCUUUCUCGUAAUAGUGUGGUGGAUUAAGCUCCAGAGGCGGAAGAAGAAGAAGGAAUAGAAAAUUAGGGCAAACCUAAUUUUCAGUCCAAAAACUCAAUCAUGGCGAGGGGAUUGAAGAAACAUAUGAAGAGGCUUAAUGCCCCUAAGCAUUGGAUGCUUGAUAAAUUGGGUGGUGCUUUUGCCCCUAAGCCAUCAUCUGGACCACACAAGUCUAGGGAAUGCCUUCCUUUGAUUCUUAUCCUGCGAAACAGAUUGAAGUAUGCCCUUACAUACCGUGAGGUUAUUGCUAUUUUGAUGCAAAGACACAUUCUUGUUGAUGGGAAAGUGCGAACUGACCAGACCUAUCCAUCUGGAUUUAUGGAUGUUGUAUCAAUCCCCAAGACGAACGAGAACUUCCGUCUUUUGUAUGACACCAAGGGUCGUUUCCGUCUCCACUCAAUCAAGGAUGAAGAAGCUAAGUUCAAGCUCUGCAAGGUCAGAAAUGUACACUUUGGAUCUAAGGGUAUCCCAUACAUUAACACCUUUGAUGGUCGCACCAUCCGUUACCCUGACCCUCUUAUCAAGGCUAAUGACACCAUCAAGUUAGAUCUCGAGAGCAACAAGAUUGUGGAUUUUAUCAAGUUUGAUAUUGGUAACGUUGUCAUGGUUACUGGAGGUAGAAACAGAGGCCGUGUUGGUGUUAUCAAGAACAGAGAAAAGCAUAAGGGAAGUUUCGAUACCCUUCACAUCCAGGACUCUACAGGCCAUGAAUUCGCCACCCGUUUGGCUAAUGUGUUCACCAUUGGCAAGGGUACCAAGCCAUGGGUUACCCUCCCCAAGGGCAAGGGUAUCAAGUUGUCUAUCAUUGAAGAGGCUAGGAAAAGGUUGGCGGCUCAAGGAGCUGCCACAGCUUAGGUGCUUCCAUCAUGACCUGGUGUUCUGUUUUGCAGUUUGGAAAUUACUCUUAGCUUAAAAGAACAAGUGCUGUUUUAGUUUACUUUCGGAACAAAAUUUUGAAGCUGCUUUUUGUGUAGCUUUUCCUACAUUACUAGGAUAUUAUAAACUUAAUCUAUUGGCUCUUCCCAUGCGGUAUGUUCAUUUUGUCAGGUUUACCUUAUUGCUUUCAACUUUGCACGAAUAUUUCUGUUUGUUUUAGAUCAGUAAAUCCCUGUAUCCAAAAGAAAUCUGGAAGAUGUUAUUUUAUUCUCUUUUUCGUUAGCGUGCA